AUGGCGAGCCGGGCGGUGGUGAGAGCCAGGCGCAGCCCGCAGCGUCCCCAAGUCCGGGCCGCGGCUGCCGCCCCCGCCCGGGCCGCGCUCCCCUUCUCCCGCUCCUGCUCCCUCCCUCCCCGCUCCAGCUCCUCCUCCUCCUCCAUGCCUCUGUCCCUCCUGCUCUUACUCGUCCUGCUCCUGCUGCUGGAGGACGCUGGGGCACAGCAAGGUGAUGGAUGUGGACACACUGUACUAGGGCCUGAAAGUGGAACCCUUACAUCCAUAAACUACCCGCAGACCUAUCCCAACAGCACUGUUUGUGAAUGGGAAAUUCGUGUAAAGGUGGGAGAGAGAGUUCACAUCAAAUUUGGUGACUUUGACAUUGAAGAUUCUGAUUCUUGUCAUUUUAAUUACUUGAGAAUUUAUAACGGAAUUGGAGUCAGCAGAACCGAAAUAGGCAAAUACUGUGGUCUGGGGUUGCAAAUGAACCAUUCAAUUGAAUCCAAAAGCAAUGAAAUUACCGUGCUGUUCAUGAGUGGAAUCCAUGUCUCUGGACGAGGAUUUUUGGCUUCAUACUCAGUCAUAGAGAAACAAGAUCUGAUUACUUGUUUGGACACUGCAUCCAAUUUUUUGGAACCUGAGUUCAGUAAGUACUGCCCAGCUGGUUGUCUGCUUCCUUUUGCACAGAUAUCUGGAACAAUUCCUCAUGGAUAUAGAGAUUCCUCACCAUUGUGCAUGGCUGGUGUGCAUGCAGGAGUAGUGUCAAACAUUUUGGGUGGCCAAAUCAGUGUUGUUAUUAGUAAAGGUAUCCCAUACUAUGAAAGUUCUUUGGCUAACAACAUCACAUCUGUAGUGGGACACUUAUCUACAAGUCUUUUUACAUUUAAGACAAGUGGUUGUUAUGGAACCCUGGGAAUGGAAUCUGGUGUGAUUGCCGAUCCUCAGAUAACAGCAUCAUCUGUGCUGGAGUGGACUGACCACACAGGACAAGAGAACAGUUGGAAACCUGAAAAAGCUAGACUGAAAAAACCUGGACCUCCUUGGGCUGCUUUUGCCACUGAUGAAUAUCAGUGGUUACAAAUAGAUCUGAAUAAAGAAAAGAAGAUAACAGGCAUUAUAACCACUGGAUCCACCAUGGUAGAGCACAAUUACUAUGUAUCUGCCUACAAAAUUCUGUACAGUGAUGAUGGGCAGAAAUGGACCGUGUACAGAGAGCCUGGUGUGGAACAGGAUAAGAUAUUUCAAGGAAACAAAGAUUAUCACCAGGAUGUGCGUAAUAACUUUUUGCCACCAAUUAUCGCACGUUUUAUUAGAGUGAACCCUACUCAAUGGCAGCAGAAAAUUGCCAUGAAAGUGGAGCUGCUUGGAUGUCAGUUUAUUCCUAAAGGUCGUCCUCCAAAACUUACUCCACCUCCACCUCCUCGGAACACCAAUGACCUCAAAAACACUACAGCCCCUCCAAAAAUAGCCAAAGGUCGUGCCCCAAAAUUUACUCAACCACUACAGCCUCGCAGUAGAAAUGAAUUUCCUGCACAGACAGAGCAAACAACUGCUUCUCCUGAUAUUAAAAACACUACCGUAACUCCAAACGUAACCAAAGAUGUAGCGUUGGCUGCAGUCCUUGUCCCUGUGCUAGUCAUGGUCCUCACUACUCUCAUUCUCAUAUUAGUGUGUGCUUGGCAUUGGAGAAACAGAAAGAAAAAAACUGAAGGCACCUAUGACUUACCUUACUGGGACCGGGCAGGUUGGUGGAAAGGAAUGAAGCAGUUUCUCCCAGCCAAAUCAGUGGAACAUGAGGAAACCCCGGUUCGCUACAGCAGUAGUGAAGUUAAUCACUUGAGUCCAAGAGAAGUCACUACAAUGUUACAGACUGACUCUGCAGAGUAUGCACAGCCACUUGUGGGAGGAAUUGUUGGUACACUUCAUCAAAGAUCUACCUUUAAACCAGAAGAAGGAAAAGAAGCAGGCUAUGCAGACCUCGAUCCUUACAACUCACCAGUGCAGGAAGUGUAUCAUGCCUACGCUGAACCGCUCCCAGUUACCGGGCCCGAGUAUGCUACCCCAAUCGUCAUGGACAUGUCAGGGCACGCCACCGCCGCAGCUGGUCUGCCCUCCACAUCCACUUUCAAAGCUACAGGGAACCAGCCUCCCCCUUUGAUGGGAACUUACAAUACGCUUCUCUCUAGGACUGACAGCUGCUCCUCAGCCCAGGCCCAGUAUGACACCCCGAAAGGUGGGAAGCCAGGUCCACCCACCCCAGACGAAUCGGGGUACCAGGUGCCACAGAGCACACAGGAGGUGUCAGGAGCAGGAAGGGAUGAGGAAGGUGAUAUUUUUAAAUAAAUCCUUUGAAGGUGAUGCUGCUUUUUACAAAGCAUCGUUUUAAAGCACAUGGCCUUUUUUUUUUAAUUAUUAGUGGUAGUAAUAUAUAGAAUGUAUUACAUAUCUGUCACUGAAGUGGUUGGGGAAAAUGUGGUGACCGAGGUACAGGAAACUACUAAUCUUGCCAUCUUGCUUUGAAGGUGUUAGUUACUGUGGCACAGUUACUGCUUGCCUGUUAAAUUUUGAACAUCCUGUUUGUUACUACUGUAAAACACUAUUUUUAAUACAGAAAAAAGUUCCCUAUAAUGCACUUCAAAGAAAUUAAAAAUCACUGAAAGUAUUUAUUACCAAUGCUGCAGGUACAUUAAUGAACUCAAGAGAUGGCUCUCAGCCUGACUGGCAAUAAUGCAUGGUACUGUUUUUGAAAUAUCUAAUGGCUUGAAAUUUUAUUGUCUUUGUGAAAGGUGGGUACUACCAUGAUUUCUUCCUUUUCUACUAUAUUCCUUUCUGGAUUUUUUAAAUAAGUGUUAUAAGCACUAAUUAUAAAGAAAAUUUUGAUUACAGCCAUAUACACUUUUCCAUCUUUCCUUAGGAAAAUUUAUAGCUGGGAAACUCUGACUUGUAAUGAGCAGGGUGAUUGAUUUUUCACUUUUUGACACUUUUAAGAGCUUUAACACUUCAGGGUACUUGACCUGGCCUCAUCCCUGUCUGUUUUGCCCUGGGCCCUUGGUGGCUUAUCCUAUUCUUGUGUUUAUAAAAUGUUUGUUUAGAGUUUUUUUCCAUAGGUGAUGAUUGCUCUAUGAGUGUCAUGAAUUCAGAUCCUCUAAUACCUUUAUGGAUACUCCAUGUGGAAACAGGAACAACUUUACAAUUGGCAAAGCUUUAAUGGAGAUUCCCCUGACCCCAACUUUAUUUGCAAUGGGAGUUUUCCCAGGAGAGUUGUGACAAGCUGAGGGCUUCUAAGUGAAUGCUGUAAACAUGACUCCCUUGUACUUAUCACGGUGAAAGGCAAAAUCACUUCUUCAGAAGUAAUACAAAUUACCUUAAAAAACAAAAAAAGUAACCAGCAUUUAUCCCGUUUUUUGGUUUUAUACACACACAUAACAUAUAUAAACUUUUCUUGAGUUUCAAGGUAUUUUAUUACUUUCUAGUCAAAUAAUUUUCACUUUGGUCUCCCACAGUAAACUAUUACACCAAAUAUAAACCUACCAAGUAUUCUUCAGGAUUAUGUGAUUAUGCCCUUUGUGUGGUAAGAGACAUGAGUAGCCCUUUAGAUUAUCCCUAGGGAACAGAUAUUAUAGCAUUCUUGCAAAUGAAUAUUCAUGCCUUGUUUUCGAUACCUCCUGGCAACUUCCUUGUCACUACUUGCUUAUGACCUGCCCAGAACUAGUUUAGAUUGAGUUAAAUAGAAAUCAUCUUUAAUUUUUUAUCCUAUAGUGUAAAAACCUUUUUUAAACUGGCAAGAUGACAUGAGAAGCUCACUAUAUGGUAAAAAUAUAUGUACUUUUCCAUCAGGUUCUAGUCAUUUCUGUUGGCCUUUGCCACCAGACUGUGAUGUUGCCAGAAUUCACUAAAUUUGAGUAAAGAUGAACAGUAUUCAUUUUGCUUGCUUCCACAAAUGUAUCAGUAUUCUAAAACAUUGCUUCAAAAAGAGAAGAGUUUAUUUCUGCAGCCUUCGUCCCCUCUUCCUUGUAUGAUUUUGCUGGUUUUAUUUUCACUUGCUUUUCCUUUUCCAGACAGACUUUGAAGUGCAGUUUCAUUCAUUAAAAAGCCAAUACUUUGUUUUAAAAUAUUUGAAACAAAAAGCACAGAUAUUAGACUUUUAUUGAAACAUAUAUGAAUGUGUAAAGCACAUGUAUUAAUGUGCUUCCCCUUUCAGGUGGGAAGAGAGUAAACCAGUUUUGUUUUUAGUUUUUUUUUUUUUAAAUUCAUCCUUAGUACACAGAGAAUAUACUUUUCCUCAACUCAUAUAUCUGUUUGAAGCUUUAAGAGAGAUGUUUUCAAUAACUAUUUCUUUUUCCCAAAGAAUUUUGCUGUUUUUGUGUAAUUGUGUGUACCUGAUUGUUUUUCCCUGGAGUUGUGUUUUUUGUUUGUUUGUUUUGUUGAGAGGCAAGUGUUUUCUGAAAUGAUGCUUAUUUUAAGACUCAAUUCGUAUUGCCACACUGUGCUCUCCUUGAACUACCAAUGAGUUUUGUAAAAACUAGUAGUAAACCUUUAUUUUUAUUUCCAGAUGAAGAGCUGAGCCUGAUUCAAAUGGUUUUUCUGGUUUGUACUUUUUUUUAGUUUGUUUGUUUUCAUAUUAGAGGUUUUUGAAAUUUGUUUUUGUUUUUUACUAUGAUUAUGUGUCUGAUAUAUACAGCUUUGGAGACAAUCAAGUAACAACUGAAAAUGUGAAAGUAACCAUUUUUGGCAGAAUUCCCUUGAAAUUUUUAUUCUUUUGCUUGAAACACUCAAAACAUAAAGUCACUGGUUUAUUGGAUUAGUUUUUUCCCUGUUAAUGCAAUUAUAGAAAUAGAAUCAGACCGUGCCGAACCAAGUGUGGUCAUUACAUGUCUCGUAAAAUUACACUGACUUGGCUGUUACUUGAUCUUAGGAACCAGUGUAGUUAAAGAUAAGGUAUUGCGAAUUCUGAUUUAUAUUUUAUUAAACGCCGUAAAUCUAAAUAGAUCCUGUUGUAUGUGCCAGGUCUAGUCCAGUUAUUUAAGUUCACGUUUCAUUAUUUGCACUUUGCUUUGAACAAUGGGUUUGAGUAGAGAAUUUACACAAAAGUUAAAAUGAUGAUGUUAUGUAUACACUUGCCUCUCCCCUCUUCCCACACCACCUUGGGAGUGGGGAGCAGAAUAUGAGCUCAUCUACAUGUGAACAUGGCCGCAAAGCUGUGGAAGGUGAUAAAGCUUGAACUUUGCCUUGGCUUUGCCUUGUCACCUGGAGAGCAGAGGGCUGUAUAGCAGCACCGUGUCAGAUGAGACAAUUAGAAGGAGCCAGUAGAUUAUGUGGGACAUUGAAAUCUUUUCAUACCCUCUUAAGAGAAAUUAAUAAAGCUCUACCUAAAAAUAUAAUAAUUACUUAUUAGCUCUGCCUUUUGGUUCUGAACUUGAAGUCCCUAAACUGCAAAAUCUAAAUAAAUGUUGGAUGGUUAUUAAAAUACUUUUUAGGUCAGCUGUGGCACCAAUUCUCAUGUAUUUCAACUUGUGACUAGUUCUGUCUUUUUUAUUUUUUUGGCACUGGGAAAAGUGGAAAUAAAACAUGUAUUGAAUUAGAUUGGAAAUAAAAAUGGCUUGGGCGUCACUGAUAUUCUCCCGGAAUGUACUUUUCUUACCUCGGCAUGUACUGUAGUCACUCAGUAUUUGUAUAUGUUGCUAGAAUUUAGAUUGUAUAAAUAGUGAGAUUUUUAAUGUGUUCAUGUGUUUUUAAUAAAUUGUAUAUACGUGUCUUGCUCA